GGUGUGCGGGGGCGGGGAGAUAGCACGUUGGGGAGCUUAUGUUGGCCCCCGUCUCUUUUCCAGAUAUCGAUGCAUCGUUUCGAACACAUACCCAAAGAUGAAAUAAUGGCUCACCCUUAAAUAGUGUUUAUUUAGGCUGUGUUACUAUAUGUUGCUCUUGAUUGGUUGUAUGCUUUUCCGAGAUACAUUCAUAAAGUGACGGUUAUGAGUAUUGAGAUAGCCCCAAUCAACCCCAAAGCCUGUGCGACGGCUGUUCGCUUCCGUUUAACUGAAUGGGGCUGCUUGUUCAAUUGUGCAGCAGUUUCUUAACUAGUUUUGUCAAUCAGAUUUUCAAAAGCCAAGUCCCUCUAGUCUAGAUGAUAUAUCUCAUCCAGUAAACCGGGAUUCUUGAAGGAACCUAACUUCAUUCUUAAUGAGUUUCCUUUCCAGAUGGAUGGCAUGGCAGUGCCAUGGUGGUUGUUUGGGGAAGAGAAAAAAUAGUGCUUAUUUUCUCAGGAUUUAAAAGUUUGGUUUUAUGGUUUUUACCUACUAGAUUUCAUCAUAGUUAUGGCUGACAGGUGCAAUCAUUACAAAUGAUUGAGGCACUUUAAUAAGGUCAAUAGACUUGAGCAAUAUCUUUCUGUUGUGGAUUUAAUAUAGAAGUCAGUUUGUAUAGAAGUCAGUUCUAGGUUGGGACAAACUAUUUCAUUACAGCAGGCUGUCAAUUUCAGUUGCAAGGUAUGUGACUCAUGUUCACAUAUUUGGAUGAAUAGCAAGUUGGAGUACUCAAAAUUCCAGAAAACAAAUCUGAAUAUCUUGGCAUCUAUAGAAUCAAAUAAUUUCGGACUACAGAAUUCAAUCUCUUCAUAAUUCGUUUUAAUAUGGUAUUUUGGUUAUGGCUUUUAAUUUGAAAAAAGAGCUAAUCCUGGGAUAACAUAUAAUUUAAAUCUUUUCAAGAUUCUUUUUGUUCAAUACAUUUUUCUUCCACAUAAUGAAAUACAAAGAUAAUGCAUUUGUUUGAAUUUAUAUUAUCCUUAAUUUAAGAUUUUAACUACAAUCCUAUGAAUUCUUACUUAAAAAUUGGUUCAAGAGAACUCAGUGGGCUUAUAUUCAAAAAGGGAUGCAUAAACUGAUGGCAUGAAAAUAUUCUAUUUGUAUAAAGUUAGGUAUAUGGGAAAAGAAUUAACCCCUCAGUGAUUGGUAACAUCAAGGAACAAAUGUAGUCAGCAUUACAUUUUGGUUUGCUGCAAACUUGGAACAAAAAUCUGAAGCAUCUGAAUAACAAAAAGUUAAACCUGGUACUCAAGUAAAUGGCUGAACUUCCACCUGGGAUUCGUUUCAUCACUUCAUUUACAAAAGACCAAUGGUAUAGGGCUUUCAUAUUUGUCUUGACUUUCAUGCUGUAUGUUAGUUUUCAUUUAUCAAGGAAGCCAAUCAGCAUAGUUAAGGGAGAACUGCAUAAACACUGUACUACUAUUCAAAUUAUUGAGCUGGAUACCUAUGAAGAACAUGCCAUCCACAUUCCAUCUGUUAAAACAUUAUAUAAUGAUUCUCGCUGUGGCUGGGAACCUUUUGAUAAAAGCAACUACAAGCAGUUAUUGGGAGCCCUGGAUUACUCAUUUCUCUGUGCUUAUGCUGUUGGAAUGUAUCUGAGUGGUAUAAUAGGAGAGCGUUUGCCUAUUCGAUACUAUCUCAGUGGUGGGAUGCUUGCCAGUGGAUUCUUCACUGCAUUAUUUGGAAUUGGCUAUUUCUGUAACAUACAUAGUUUGUGGUUCUACAUCAUUGCUCAGGUAGCUAAUGGAUUGGUACAAACUACUGGCUGGCCCAGUGUGGUCACCUGCAUUGGCAACUGGUUUGGAAAAGGAAGGAGAGGAUUGAUAAUGGGAUUAUGGAAUUCCCACACUUCAGUAGGAAAUAUUUUAGGAUCCUUAAUAGCUGGCUACUGGGUAUCUACCUGCUGGGGUUUGUCUUUUGUGGUACCUGGCAUUAUAAUAUCCUUAAUGGGGAUUAUAUGCUACCUGUUUCUUAUUGAACAUCCUAAGGAUGUAAACUGUACAGUCAAAUCCUCAACUAAACAUCACCUGAGUGGCCCAAGUAAAUUCAGCAUUUUGAAGCCAGCAUUAAGCAGUAAGAUAGCAGAUACAUCUCAGGAUCCAGAAAUGCAUUGUCUGUUACGGAGCAAUGAGAAUUGCACAAAGCCGCUGAAUCUUAAUGGAGGAUAUGAACACUUUGAAAAUAGAAAUGCUGCUAUAAGUUUCACUGGUGCUUUGCAAAUACCUGGAGUGGUAGAAUUCUCUCUCUGCCUAUUAUUUGCCAAAUUAGUCAGUUACACUUUUCUUUUCUGGCUACCACUAUACAUCACUAAUGUAGAGCAUCUUGAUGCCAAAAGGGCAGGUGAUCUUUCUACUCUAUUUGAUGUUGGAGGAAUUUUUGGUGGAAUUUUAGCAGGUGUAAUAUCAGACAGGCUCAAAAAAAGGGCUACAACUUGUGGUAUGAUGCUGUUGAUAGCUGGACCCACUCUGUACAUAUUUUCUGCAAUCAGCAAAAUGGGUUUUGUAGCCACAAUAAUUAUGCUGCUCAUCUGUGGAGCUCUUGUAAAUGGUCCGUAUGCAUUGAUCACAACAGCUGUCUCUGCUGACCUGGGUACGCAUAAAAGUCUUCAUGGACACGCAAAAGCUCUCUCAACUGUUACAGCCAUCAUUGACGGAACAGGCUCCGUAGGUGCAGCAUUGGGGCCAUUGUUAGCUGGUCUUCUUUCUUCAUCUGGUUGGAACAAUGUCUUUUACAUGCUGAUGAUAGCAGAUGCCUGUGCCUUAGUGUUUUUACUCCGCCUUAUACGAAAGGAACUUCAGUGUAGUCUUGACCAGACCUUGUUUAAGGAACACUAACUUUUAGACAAGAUAAUUUAUUUAAAACAAUUAUUUUUAAAGAGGUUAAUCCGGAAAUCCUACUUGAUCCCUCUGAGAAGAAAGCUGCUAUAUAAAAGUCACAUUGUACAUCUUUCUUUGGAUUGCUGAUAUCCCUGGAAAUAAUAUUUCCUGAAGAGCUUGCACAGUUAUUUUUAGACAUCAGAAUUUUGAUUCUUCGCACCUCCCCUCUUAACUUUGCACAUUAAUAUCGGGAAUGUGAGAGUGUGAAAUAAAGGAUCUCCUAGCUAUUCUACAUAGCAGAACUGAGCCAAAGAAAAGUGUGCCUUUAUCCUCACUUUGUCAAAAUAUUAUAUUACAUGAUUGCUUUCAUGUUUUAAGAGAAUAUAUAGAUUGAAGAGAAAAAGUGAAGGGAAUAAAUUAACUCUGGAUACUAUUUUGUAAUGUACUAAAAUGAGCAAAAUAUGGACUCAGAUAUCUGUCCUGUUAUAUGUUUACUUUUUGUUAAAAAAUUGACUGUUGAAUAUGCAAUACUUCCUGUUAAGAGUAUUCAGCUUUUUCUAUCGUCCAAUGUUACUAGUAUUAUUCAUUGUACAAGUAAUAUUGAACUUGAAUAUUUAUAUAGCUGAUUAGUGAAUUAGAAGCAAAUAACUUAUAUUAACAAAACUUUCAAGGCAUUUCAGAAUGAUAAUAUCUGUUAGCCUGCUAGAUUUUUGAAACUGAUCAAAAUGGAAACUGAUUUUAAAGUAAUAUUCAAUAGUUACUGCAGCUGAUGUAUUUAUUCUCUCCCAUAGAUAUUUUUUAAAUCAUUUGGGGAAAACAUUAUAAAGUAAAUUCACAAACACUGAACCAAUUUGGAUUGUUGACAUCCAAAUUUGAUACAUUUGGAAGAUUUAUCUGUGAUGGGCUUGCUGGGACUUUCCCUCUGAUUGUGUUUAUGCAGAACUGGCCUCAGCAUCCAACUGAAUGGUGUAAAACUCAUACCUUCAUGACAGUACAUUCGCAAGAAUCCUCCUUAUGUAUUUGUCUCUGAAACCUUAGAAUUGCCCUGAAUGCAUUUGAAUAAUGUGAUUCUUGUUUCUAAGUGCAUUUUGGAAAGGACAGAAUGGUAUUUACCUUUAUUAAAUUACCUCUAUUAAAUUACUUAUUUACUUA